AUUAUCCAGAUGGGUAUCAUCUUCGGUACCAUGCACCUCGUCAAGCGGUUCGGGCUGGAGAACCCCGAGUACGCGCUCUACAUCCGCAGCAUGUACGCCAUCGGGACGCUGGUGCUGCUGGGCAUGACGUUUGUGAUCAAGCAGAAGAUCACGCAAAAGAACGACACGACGGCGCUCGAGUACGACGACACGGCAACGGGUAGCAGCGGGCAGCGCAUAGAGACGACGAAUGUGAAGUACGAUCUGCAGGAGGUCGCCAAGCUGCAGAAGUCAUCGCUGUUCACGAUUGUGAUUGUGCUGUUCAUGCACUUCAAGUUCGGGUACAUCCAGCCGCUGAUUCUGCAGAGCAUCCUGCCGCUGUUCAACUUUGUCAAGAGCCCGCUGUUCCAGGUGCAUGUGCUGGGAAAGCCCGCUACCGACAGCCUUGCCCGGCCCUGG